CUCUUGCGUCACUGUAAUUUUGCAUUACAACAAAUAGGAAAGCUCCAAGCCUUAACAAAUUUGACGAGUUGUGAACCACUCGUUGUAUAGUCCUAAUUUAGAUUAUGGUAAUAACAAGUAAUUUUUUGUUAAAACACUCCCCAAAAGGACUGUAUAAAUAUUUACUUCGUGAAUGCGAAAAAUUGCCAAAGGGUGCAAAUCAAUUUUAUAAGCAUUCAAUCAAACAGAGUUUUAAACAACACAUUUCUGAACCUGAUCCUGAAAGAGUCCAACAGAUUAUAGAAAAAGCUCUUCUUGAUGCAAAAUGGAUUAUGCAAAAGUAUAAGAAAGAUCUAACUUCAGAACCACCAAAUAAAUAGUCUCAACUUCAUAUUGUUAACAUGAAGGACUUUGAAACAAUAGUCAGUGAGGAGUGCACUGCAGGUACUGAAAAUUUUUGGAAAGCAUUGGGUAUAUGGUUGAAAAGUCCUCAUUUAAUCAACCGUAGAAUUUCGUCUUCUGCUCAACUUAGUAUACAUAAAUUAAAAACAGCUGAUAAAUUGAAAAUCUUAGAUUGGUUUUUAAAUGUAGAUGAAAUUUUUUUUACCACUGAGAAUCAUAAGGAUUUCAUUUUAGAUUGUUUGAAGGCAUCUAAUGUAGAUGUUACUUUUGAAAAUUCUGAAAAUGUGGCAACAAUUCUAAGUAAUUCUCAAAAUAAUGAAAAUAUUUACAUUCGACUAGCAAAAUUGUUACCUCGUCAUGGUAACAGGUGUUCACAAACUUUAGAAUUAUCUCUAAUUGAUUUACAAAAUAAAAGUGUUACAUAUAUAUUCUACAAAUGUGACCAAGAUAACAAAAAGAAGUCUCUAGGAUUUGAUUAUCCAUAUCAAAUAAAAUAUGAAAAUAACAAGAUAUCUAUAGCAGUUCAACAUUUUAAUGAAUGGAAAGAGAGUCAAAACUUGGUGUGGUUACAAAAUCACUUUUUCAAUAGACUAUUGAAAUGGAUAAAAAAUGAGAGCCCAAAGAAUAGUUUAGUCACUGGAUCCUUAAAACUUGUAUCAGCAGAAAAAUAUACUGACCUGUACAAUGAAUUGAAACUGAAGUAUGGAACAGAAAUGGUCAAGAUUUGGCCAGAAAAUACGGAUCCUUUGAAAUUUGUAUAUGAAGAUGUUGCUAUUGCUACAUAUUUGAUAUUGUUGUGGGAACAAGAAAGAGAGAGAUUAAAAAUCAACGAGAAGCAAUCCUUUUUAGAUCUUGGAUGUGGGAAUGGUCUAUUAGUACAUAUAUUAAACUGUGAAGGCUAUCAUGGAUUAGGAGUUGAUCUUCGCAGAAGAAAAAUUUGGGAUCUCUAUCCUGAAACAACAAAACUAGAGGUGUGUACAAUUAUCCCCUCAUCAAAAAGUUUAUAUCCUAGAAUCGAUUGGUUGAUUGGAAACCAUUCUGAUGAACUGACGCCGUGGAUUCCAGUCAUAGCUGCCAGAAGUUCGUAUAAAUGUCGCUUUUUUUUGCUACCGUGUUGUGCUUAUGACUUUGACGGUAAAAAAUAUCAACGCGAAAACUCAGAUACUAGUCAAUAUUUUGAAUAUAUGAAUUACGUUCAAGACGUUGCCAACAAAUGCGGUUUUAAAACACAGAUUGACAAAUUAAGAAUACCAUCAACAAAAAGAAUAUGUUUAAUUGGUUCCGAAAGAAAUUAUUCAAUGGACGAAAACGACUUACGAGAUUUGAAAAUCCAAGAAAUGAUAAAUUCAAGGUGUCAAGACAAAGAAAUCAACGAUGCGUGGGCAAGCUCGUUUAAACCACGGGAGAUUAUAGAAAAAGUUCGAAACUGCACCAAAAUUGACAAAAGCGUAAUAUCUAAUAUAAUAGACAUUGUGGUCACAACUUUGUUAUGCAAGGCACGCAUAAUUGAGCUCGAAAGGCGACCGGGUAUAACUUGGAACACAGGCGGCGAAAUGGAACUGAACGAAGUAGCUGAAGCCGUUGAUACCGAUAUGUUAAAAGAAUUAAAAAAGGAAUGCGGGGGUCUGCAGACGUUGUUGAAAAAUAAUGGACACAUUUUUAGAGUUGAGUCUGGUAAAGUCAGAUUUAGGAUUCCCGGAAAGGAUACAAUAGGGCAAAAUAAAAGGAACAAGAAGAAGAAAAUUAAUCCAAAUGUCACUAGGAAAGUAAAACCAUGUUGGUUUUACUUAAAUCAUCCAAACGGCUGCCCAUUGGAUAAUGAUGAAUGUGAUUUCUUACAUCCUGAAUAAAAUGUAUUUAUUAAAUAUAACAUAAUUAUAUU